GACGGAUCAGAACUAGCAGUCGUGUUGUCGUUGUCGAAGUGAAUACGCGCGUGCGAAAUACAGCGGAUACCGCUUACGAGUGUUUACUUAGUGGCUCUAGCGGACAGAGUAGUAGAUACGCUUUAGUUAACUUAAAUAGAGCAUGCUUUAUGCGGGACUUAAUUGAGCAGUAAUUCAUUGAAUAUACUACUAAUAACAAUUUGAUACUCACACAACGCAACGCGUACUCAAUUGAGUAAUAGACCAGCAAUCAAUAUUUGAAUUAUAACAUUGUACAACAGUCAGUGAAGUGAAAUGUACACGCGCGGAACUAUGCGGGCAAAAUAAACUUCAACAAAAUAAAAUAUAAAGGCAAAUUCAACAUUUGUAUAACAAAAAAUAAAUAAGAAAAGAAAAAGAACACUACAAAAGAACUAAAACAAUUAAAUUAAGUCUAGACAAGACAAAUUAAACACAAUUCCACAAGAAAAAUGGAGGUCUACACAUCAGACAGCAGCGACACAGACUCACGCGAGCAGAAAACGCUCGAUUACGGUCGCAUGAACCUCACCGUAAUCACACUGGACGAUGAUUUGCAUGCAAAGAAGGCGCUCAAAACACACAAGGAUUUCGAGACGUUGCUGCUCAAUCACAACAAACUCACAUUAUUGCCGCCAGCACUCACCAAAUUCAUCAAUUUGAAAGUACUGGAUUUGAGCUCCAAUUGUUUGACACAAUUGCCGGAGGCUAUUUGCAAUUUACCGUUAGUCACAUUGAUAGCCAAAAAUAACAAUCUAACCAACAAAUCAUUGCCGAAAUCGUUUGUGAUGCGCAAUGCGGCCUUGAAGGAGCUGAACUUGAGCGGAAAUCAGCUGACGCACUUUCCCGAACAGGUGCUCGAGCUGAGGCAGUUGCGCUAUUUCUACGCUGGCGCCAAUAAGAUCACAUCAAUUUCGAAAGAUAUAUGGAAAAUGCAAAGCUUGCAAGUACUCUCACUGGGCGGCAACCUAAUCAACGAUGUACCCGAAUCCGUGGGCAUGCUCAGCCAACUGCAGGCGCUCGUGCUUUGUGAUAAUCUCAUUGAGAAUCUACCAACCAGCAUAGCGCACUUGAAUAGCCUGAAAUCGUUGUUGUUGCACAAAAAUCGUCUCAAACAUUUGCCAAAAGAUAUUAUCGCUUUGAGAAAUUUGACAGAGUUGAGCUUGCGCGAUAAUCCUUUGGUUGUGCGUUUCGUACAAGAUAUCGCUAUGAAGCCGCCCACACUGAUGGAGUUCGCAGCGCGUGUAGUCAAGGUCGCCGGCAUACCUUACGGCCCGGGCAUUGUACCGCGCACGGUCAACGAUUAUCUGCAAAGCGCCAAUUGUUGUGUAAAUCCCAAGUGCAAGGGUGUAUUCUUCGAUAAUCGCGUUGAACACAUCAAAUUUGUUGAUUUUUGCGGCAAAUAUCGUGUACCGCUAUUACAUUAUUUAUGCUCCUCCAAGUGUAUUGAGCCAGAGCCAGAGUUGCCACAAACGAGCGGCGCUAACGGUUAUAUGAUGCGUAAGGUGCUGCUGGGCUGAUGUGAUGUGAGAACGUUACGUAACGGACACUAGCACAAUUACUUGUUGGUUUUUUAUUGGAAUUUAGCAAAAAAAUACCAAUGGACUUUUUACGAAAAUUCAUUUUGUUUUAGAAAAUCUAAAUUAUUUGAAUAGUCCGCUGUUUGAUGGUAUUUUUGUAUUUUUUUUUUCAUUUUUAUUGCCAUGAGAUAUGCGGUCUGUAUAAGCAAGUCUGUGAAGAAUGUUUGAAUAAUGCUGCGCAUUUUUAUACAUACAUACAAUAAACACACACAUACACAUAAAAUUAAUACAAAUAAUGUAAUUGAAAAAAAAAUUGUAUAUUUAUAAAAGAUUUAAUAAAAAUUUGCAUUGAUUGCAUAGAACUGAA